AUGAUGAGAAGCUGGUUGUUUGCGGGGUCGCCCGUUCGACUUAUGACCCGUGGCGUUCGUCAACUGUUCCGCCACCUGUUUCGGAACUCAUUCCGCUACCAGCUGACCCAGCUGCUGGGGCAAUCGGCCCCCAAAAAGGGCCGCCUGUUGAAAGACUUGAUGAAGGAGUACGGCUACCUGGCGUUAGGGGUGUACUUGGGGUUGCUGAUGAUUGAUUUACCGCUUUGCUACUUGCUCGUUCACUCCCAAGGCAAGGACGAGAUCGAAUACUACGAGAAUAAGGUGAAGCAGAAGUUUGGCUACGGAAUGUCUGACGACGAAUUAAAGGCGAAGCAGGCUCGGGAACAGGCCGAGUCGGCGAAAGAGGAGCAACAGAAGACCGAGGAUACCGAGCUGGGCGUGGUGGCGUUCGUCAAACGCCACUUUUCGUGGACUGAGUUCGCCAUUGCUUACGGGAUCCACAAGUCGCUCAUCUUCAUCAGAGUGCCGCUCUGUGCCGCCAUCACGCCUUCGAUCGUCAAGAUUUUGAGAGGGUGGGGUUUCAAGAUUGGUUCGGGCACGUCGGCGGCUGUAGCUAAGGGUAAGUUUAAGGAUGCCGCUGGUAAAGUUCAGGACUACACGGCGCUGAGCCCUCAGUUUGGCCAGCCGGCGGGCAAGCGGAAGUGGUGGUGGUUCUUUUAA